AUGUUUAAGAUCGGAAAAAAAAAAGACACUUCAAAAAACACUGACCCUCGAGUUACCUCCGGAAAUAACGAGUCUAUAAAUAAUAAUAAUUUAACUGUUGCCAUAAACAACAAAACCGGUGCGGCUCUUAAUUUCAUUUUAAAAAGAGCUCCAAAUUUUAUUCCAAACGUUAUCAACACUGCAAAAAUAAUAACUCCAAAUCUACCAAAGAAAGAUAAAAAUAAGCGUAAUCCUGAUACUUCUACUAUAAAUAAUUUUUCUCCUCCGGCGCCAAAUGAUUCUUCUUUAUUGAGCUCUCCUGCUACUUUAUCUCCUGCUCAAAAACGUGGUUCCAGGUCUUUAAAUGGUGAUAUCGGUAAUCGUCCUGAUCAUCAACGUCGUCCUUCUGAACCAACAGCUGUACUAGGAUUAAAUAAACGAACCUUAAAUACGGAUUAUUCUAACUUUUCUUCAAAUAAUAAAGACGUCAGUAUUUAUGGUGCUGUACCUACUUUACCUUCUUCAGGAAAAAAGAAUACCGGUCUUUAUGGUGCUGUACCUGCCAUUAACGUUCAUCAUGUCGACAAUAAUAACGGUUUACGUAUUAAUCGUUCUGCUUCAAUAUCAACCGUUCCUAUCAUUAAAGAGGGUUAUUUAAACAAAAAAAUUGAUUUUGACGUAAAAUUUAUUUCUUCUUCUUCUUCACGCGGCUGGAAAGUAUACCGUGUGAUAUUGAGAGGUUCAAAAUUGUAUUUCUAUAGGCCUCCUUCUGAGGCUGUUUUAAAGACUUUUUUUCCAAACAAUAAAGAUAUAACAAUGGGAAAGGAUAUAUUUUCAACUCUUUCACCUACCAGCGAUCGUGGUAUGAUUCUUAAUCCUUCAAAUUUUGAUUCUAAUGCUAGUAAAUUAAUUUUCGAAGGUUCUUCAAAUGAUAAGUUUAAUCCACCUCUGAUCUCAAAGUAUUAUUAUGGUGAAAUUUGCUAUGAAGUAGAUCGUACUGUUGCUAUGCGAUUCAAGAAGCACGUAUGCUUGCUUAUAUUUAAGGACAAUGUUGUCAUCUGCAAACGCAAAUGGGUAAGAUAUACUAGUGCAAAUUUAAGACCCAUAAUUGAUGCGAUGGGAUUUGGUGGAAAUCAUUCUUCUACGAAUGUUAAUUCUCCUAAUAUCAAUUCUGACUCUGGUGGUCAAGAUUGGGAUACGAGAUCUAUCAGCAGUACACGUGGUAUACCUGAUAAUGAUGGUUCUUCAAUAAAUAAGGGUAAAGGCUAUUAUACAAAAUGGAAGCUUGAUGCUUGUUAUUCAAUUCAUAGUGUAGAUGUUGUUCCUGAUCCAAAUUUACCUACUGGAUAUUCUCCUUAUAUAACUCCUUCUUCACAACCUCCAUUUACGGCAAAUAGAAAUGAUGAUACAUCUUCUCUUCGAUCUGCUUCUUCUUCAUUAUCAGCUAUUGCAAAUGUUUCUUCAACAUCUGGUGUUAUCCUUUAUUUAAACAUUGUCGAUAAUGGUGAAAAAGAUAGCUAUCGAGUUUUUGUUGCUUCUAAUAAUGAUGUUAGAUCAUUAUGGAUUGCAAAAUUAUGGGAUGCAAAAAAAGCAAAUUUAAGAAAAUUAAUGAAAUUAUCCGAUAAACAAUCAAAAGGUUUGAAUUAUGAUUUGGAUAAUCCUGGAUUAACAACAGUACAAUAUGGUAUACGUGGUCUUAAUAAUUCUCAAGAUUUCACAGGAACUGGAGAUGAAAAAUCUGAGAGUACAACAACUACACCAAGAAGGAGAGCAUAUUGGGGUACGGGGAGACAUCCUGAGUUAAUAAUUAGGGAAACUAAUGUAGUGGAUUCUCUUGACAAUCAUUCUAUAUCAUCACCAUCAUCACCCGAAAUUGAAUCAUCAUCACAGUCCGAAAUUAAUUCAUCAUCACCACCUGUAAUUGAAUCAACAACAUCUCAAACUCUUAUUCGUGGAGGUUCUAUUGAUUCAUUAAUUCAUGAACUUGUAUUCGAAACACAAAAAGGUACUGAAGAAAAUGAUGAAUUUCUUCACGCAUUUCUUCUAACCUAUCCACUUUUUGCUGAAACAACCCACGUUUUUCGCGAAUUGAAACGUUGUGCAAGCAUGCAGAGUACAUUCGAAGAUGAUGAACAACAAGAUAAAACCAAUAAAAUAAGUGAAAGAUUAAUGAUAAUACUUACAAUAUGGUGUCGAAAUUACAGUCGAGAUUUGGCACGUGAUGAUAUUUGGAGUGCCAUGUUAGAGUUAGUGGACGAGGCAUUUGCAAAAAAUCCUUCUAAUGCAGAAGAGAUAAAGAGAUUAAUGCAAGAUUCACGUGAUAGUGUAUUAAAUGUUGAUAAUAAUGAAGAAGAAAUGACAGUAAAAGAGACUCUAUAUCAUUCAGUCCCUGCACCCCUUUCAUUAGAUCUUUCUAAUUUGCUUGUUACUGGUUUAACUCCUGCAUUGUUUUUAAAGAUGGUCCCAGAAGAAUUAGCGCAACAAAUUUAUAUAUACCAUUUCUUGGAACUUUAUAAAACAAAACCUAUGAUGGAUUUGAGAAUUUUUAGUCCGUCAAAAAAUCGUCAAGAAUCACUCCCAAAAGAAAGUCCAUUAAAUUCUACUCCUACAGCACCUCAUUUUCUUACAAGAUUAAUAUAUCAUCAUAUAUUAAUAGCAACUCAACAAUCUGCAUAUACUAGUCGUCGUCCUUUGAUAUUAACUCACUGGAUUCAGACAGGUAUUGCGUGUAAAAUGUUAGGUGAUAUGUCAGGUUGGAUGGCCGUUGCAUCAGCUAUAUGUUCACCAGGAAUUAUACGUUUGAAAGAAACAUGGAGACGAGUAAAUGAACGUUGGAAAGAUGUUGUUAUAAAUGAAUGGAUCCCUCUUUUAUUGUCUUAUGGAGGCAUCGAUGGAGAAGCUGACAUUGAGAACGUAAAUUCUCUACUCUUAGUUAUACAAGAUAAAAAGGAAAAGAGUAAAACUAAACCAAUUCCUUAUUUUGGUUUUAUUACUAUUGCUUUGGACCGAAUUAAUUCAACAAUUCCAUCGGUUAUUGAUCGAUCUACAAAUGAUCAAAGCCGUGUUGGAUCCAGAAAUAAUAGUAUUUCAGGGUCAAGUAUCAUUAACUUUGAUAAAUAUCGAAAAAUGUAUGAUACAAUUAUUCACUCCCUGAAUCAAUGGGAGCAAGCUGAAAGCUACAUAAAAUUUGAUGAAAAUUCAUGUCCUUUUACUCCUUCAUCUCCUCUCCAAAAAUAUUUCCAUCAACUCAAUUCUGUUCCAUCAUCAUCCGCACUUGAUGUUUGGCAAUUAUUUGAUUCAUCUUUAAUAUGUGAACCUCGUUUACAUGGUCAAUAUUUAGAACACCAUGCUCGCCAACAUAAAUCUCAUUCUGCUUACGUACCACUGGUCUUUACCGAAGUUAUUCCUUCUAGUCGAUUGUUUGAAAAAAAUGCAGUGUUAAGUGCGAGUGGAACAUUAGGUAAAAAAACAUCGAAUUCUUCUUUAAAUAUAGGAAGUGAUAAUAAUUCAUUGGUUUCAAUGGCAUCACCAACGCGACAAAGUUUCUCAAGUCCAUCUGUUAAUUCAGAUACACAUCCGACCUCCCCCAUCAAUAAAACUCAAACCCAAUAUACAAAUAAUUCACCAGCGCACCAAAUUUACGGAGGUGUAAGACAAAGAACUAUAUCAUUUCCUCCAUCAAAAAUAGGGCCCAUAACUUCUACAACUUGGAAUACUGGAUUGGAUCUAUUUACUAGGAAUUGGUUAGGUGGUCUAGUACAACAUCGCGGAAGCUAUACUGUAUUGUUGAAAUGUAUGAAAGAUAUUGCCGGUGUUGGUGAAAUGCUUAUGUUCGUUAAAGAUGGUGAACUUGUAUUUAAAUCUGUUAGAGAUGCCACUGGUUCACGACCUGCAAGUAUUGUUGAAUCUUCAUCUGGUACAACUUCUAAACGAAAUUCAAUUCACGGUAUUACACAUCCCCAACAAAGCUCUCCGCGUACAAGUUUAUAUACUAAUGGUGAGCAUGAUGCCCUUAUGGUUGUUGUUAAGGCAGGAACCUUAGAAAGGUUAGUGGAUGUUUUGAUCAACGGCGUUGCUUCUUUCAGCACUAGCGUAGUUGAUGAUAAUGGUGAGCCACCUUUGACCAUAGGAAAACAAGGUCAACUUGGUAUUAACUCGGCGGAAUAUUUAGCGACAUUCUUUAGCACAUACCGUAGCUUUUGUAGCCCAAGUGUACUUCUUGAUAUUUUAAAAAGGCACUAUGCUAACGCAAAAAAAAAUUCAAAGAAACCUGUAGAUUCAACUACGCCUGUGACUUUUAAUAAUGAAAACGAAACUAAAAAAGAUGUUGCAUCUUAUGAUUGGAAUCAAAUGAUAAUAAUCCAAUCGAAGGUCCUUAAAGUACUUCAUUAUUGGGUUGAAGAAUUUUUCUAUGAUUUUUUGGAUGAUUUAACAUUGAGAAAUCGUUUAAUACAUUUUCUCAAUGAUACAAAAUUGGAAAUAGAAGAAUUGAUCAGCAACGUCAACGAUGAGCAAUCAUUAUCUCAUGCUGAAGAAACUAAAGAAUUAAUAAUUGAUUUAAAAAGAUCGGUUAUGGUCAAGAGCCUUGAACCCGCUAAUGAUGCACAGAAUGAGAAAAUGGCUUCCAUAAUAGAUAAAGUUAUCAAUGACCCAUCAUCAUUGCCAUCGUCAAGAAACAAUGCUAUGGCUAAGGAUGCUGAUAUAAUUAUCCCUUCUUCAGACGUACAAAAUGUAUCUGAUCUUCUUGAUAGCAUUGAUCUUCUAAUCAUCGGUUUAUUCGAAGCAGUAACACCGCAAGAAUGGGUUCUUGCCUUUGAAAUUCUUGAAACGCAAUCAAUAAAUGUUCUUGGCUGGUAUCCCAAAAAACAAGCAUCCACUUCUGAUGAGGAAAUACAUAUCACAGACAUUUUUACUGUUUUGCAACAGACAGAGCGAACAGGAAGCUCUAAAAAAAGUGUUCUAAGUUCACUUCCUCGUUCAAUCCAAGCUCUUUGUCGGACUCAUAACGCUAUUCGUAAAUGGGCAAUUCAAGAGAUUGUAUCAACAACGAUCGACCUCGAACAACGAGUGAAUAGAAUUAAUAUAUUUCUUGAUAUGAUUUUAUUAAGCAGAAAGAGAAUGGAAAAAUUAGAUAUUUAUCCAAAAGAUGAAAUUGCUAAACAUGAGUCCGAAGCAAAAAGGGGUGUUCCAUCCUUCGUAGAAAGUGCAAUAGUAAGUGCACUGGUUAGUUCUGAAAGUAGAUUGUUUGCAAAAGCUUGGAAUGAAGUUUCCAUAACUAGAGAUGGUGGCCUAGAAUCUCUCGAGUCAUUGUUACAGAAUUGUUCAUCCAAAAGACACUUAGCCAUUAAUAUACAGCAUAACCCCCUUGUACCAUGUACUGGGUGGUUAUUCGAGCGUAUGUUAGAAAUAUGUUGCAAUGUACCAGAUAUAUCUUUUGAUACAGAAAAACUGAUAAAUUAUGAUAAACGUCGAUAUGUAUAUAACUUGACACAAAUUUUUGUCCGUUUACAACGCGAAUUGUCAGAACGGGCUCAAGAUCGCAAGCCUGUUGUAGAUUUCAGUGACUUAAUAAGUAUUACUCAAAAGUCUAAUGCUAAAACUAACUUGCGUUUUCUUAAAGAGAUCGCUUCUCGAGAGAAUAAUAUGAUGCGUGUCUCCAAUGCCCCACCAAAACAGCCAAAAUUACAAAAACCUUUUUAUAAGCUUAUUGCUGAACAACAGGAGAAGGUCAAACGGGAUCAAAAGGAAAAAGAACGUCUUGCAAAAGAUAUUCGCGAGACGCAGAACAAAUUACAAAAGAAGCAAAAUGAACAAGCAAAAUUACUUGAAAAACAAACUAGAAUACAACAAAGACCACGUAAUAAAUCCAGGGUAGAAUCCUUUAUCAAACAUGCUGUACGCCCAUUCUCGAUGGUUUUAGCAAAUACAUGGCAAUCUACUAUUCACUCUGGAAAUACGAGUUCAUCUUCGAAAUCUCAAAAUACCAAUCCUAAACCUACGCUCGUAAUAAAUCUCAUUAAUUCCGUGACAUCUGUUGAGUAUGAUGCUAUGUUUGAUUUUGUUUUCCGCGUUGAAAGUGAAGAAGGAGGGCAGUAUUUAUUCCAAGCUCUCGAUUACGAUAAUAUGAAUGAAUGGAUACAAGUUAUAAAUGACGCAGCCAAAGAAGGAGCAGAGAAACGACGAACAAUUUUCCAAUCUGAACAAGCCAUAGAUCCUAAAGAAGAAGAAGUCCCAGAAGAAACUAAGACGCGAAGUUCUGUAUACGGUAAAGAACUUUUCACCUUAAUGGCGGAUGGCAAAAUUCCAGUUCUGGUUGAUAAAUGUAUAGCAGAAAUAGAAAAGAGAGGCCUUGAAGAAGUUGGCAUAUAUCGUGUUCCUGGAAUAGCAGGUUCUGUAAAUAAACUCAGAGCUGCAUUUAAUACAAAUGCUGAAGCUGUAAAUCUUAACGAUGAAGAAUACAGAGAUAUAAAUGUUAUUGCUGGUGCUCUAAAACUCUUUUUCCGCUCACUUCCUGAACCUUUAACAACAUUCGAAUUAUAUGACGAGUUUAUACGAGCUGCCAAGAUACAAAGUAGAGAUGACAAAUUUUAUGCAAUUAAAGAUCUUUUAUACCGACUACCAAAACCAAACUAUGUAUUAUUAAAACGACUAAUUGAGCAUUUGGAAAGAGUUACUGAUUUUGAAGAGUUCAACCAUAUGUACGCGGACAAUCUGGCGAUUGUUUUUGGACCUACUCUGUUUAAGUCACGUGAUUUUGCGGCUUCGAUGGGCAAUUUGGGAUUCCAUACAAGUAUUAUAAAAUGUUUAAUACUUCAGUAUCAUUGGUUCUUUGAUAUUGAAGAAGAAGCUUCUGAUAUUGAAUAUCAGGAAGAACUUUUAGAUCCCGAUAUCGAAGUCAGUGAACCAGAGGGCGAAGGAAUCCAAACAACUCAUCUUCUACCAGAUGAUGCUUCUUCAUUCGACAAUCAAUCCGCAAAUUCAGAACCUCAUCAUGAAGAAAUUGGUAAUAAUUUUAUAGGGGAAGAAGGAAAUCUGUUAUGGGAAGAAUCUGAUGGUCAAAUAGUUCAGCAACACUUGGAUGUGGGUUAUAAAGAGGAAGAUGCAGUCAAAGAAGAGAAUAUCGACAAGGAGGAGGAUAUUAUCAAAGAGGAGAACAUCGUUAAAGAGGAGGAUAUUGUUAUAGAAGAGGAUAUUGUUAUAGAAGAGAAUAUCGUUAAAGAAGAGAAUAUCGUUAAAGAAGAGGAUAUCGUUAAAGAGGAAGAUAUUGUUAAAGAAGAGGAUAUCGUCAAAGAGGAAGAAGAUAUUGUUAAAGAAGAGGAUAUCGUCAAAGAGGAAGAAGAUAUUGUUAAAGAGGAGGAUAUCGUCAAAGAGGAAAAUAUUGUUAAAGAGAAUAUCGGUAAAGAGGAAGAUAUCGUUAAAGAGGAUGUUAUCGUCGAAGAGGAAAAUAUUGUUAAAGAGAAUAUCGGUAAAGAGGAAGAAAUUGUUAAAAAGGAGGAUAUCGUCAAAGAGGAAAUUAUUGUUAAAGAGAAUAUUGGUAAAGAGGAAGAUAUUGUUAAAGUGGAGGAUAUCGUCAAAGAGGAAAAUAUUGUUAAAGAGAAUAUCGGUGAAGAGGAAAAUAUUGUUAAAGAGAAUAUCGGUAAAGAGGAAGAUAUUGUUAAAGAUAAUGAAAAGGAAAACAUUGUUAAAGAGGAAGAUGCUAAAGAGGAGAAUAUUGUUAAAGAGGAAGAUGUUGUUAAAGAUGAGAAUAUUGUUAAUGAGGUGAACAUUGUUAAAGAGGAGAAUAUUGAUAAAGAAGAGG